AUGCCUUUUGGAUGCAUCAGUGUCCGCAAUGAGAAAACGUACAACUGCUUCUCUGACAUCACAGACAAAUAUGAGAUUGGCCAGCUUCUGUGUGCGAAAGAGUUCUGUGAAAUCUGCCUGGCCCGGGAGAUGCAGACAGAUCGUCUCUAUGUUUGCAAAAAGUUUCUGAAGAAAGAUGGCCGAAAAGUGAGGAGGGCAGCAAAGAAUGAGAUCAUGAUUCUGAAAAUGGUGAAUCAUCCCAACAUCUUGCAGCUAAUCGAUACAUUUGAAACCAAGAAGGAAUUCUAUAUUAUUCAAGAACUAGCCACAGGAGGUGAUGUCUUUGACUGGAUCCUGGAGCAAGGAUAUUACUCUGAGAAAGAUGCCAGUAAUGUGAUACGCCAGGUCCUUGAGGCUGUGGCUUAUCUGCACAAUCUUCACAUUAUUCAUAGGAACUUAAAGCUGGAAAACCUUAUGUAUUACAAUCAGAAUAAUCACUCCAAAGUGGUCCUACGGGAUUUCUACUUGUCCUGUUUUGAGAGUGGAGAAAUUACAGAGCCAUGUGGGACUCCAGAAUAUCUGGCUCCAGAGGUGGUAUCACGACACAGAUAUGGUCGGCCUGUGGAUUGCUGGGCAGUCGGCGUUGUUAUGUUCAUUCUACUUUCUGGAAACCCUCCAUUCUACGAUGAGAAUGAGGAAGAAGACAGCGAAAGUCACAACAGGAAAAUCUUUCGUAAAAUUCUGGCUGCUGAAUAUGAAUUUGAUUCUCCCUACUGGGAUGUGAUUUCAGCAUCGGCAAAAGAUCUUGCAUCGCGUUUGAUGGAGAUGGACCAGGAACAGAGAAUCACAGCUCAGGAAGCAUUGGGUCAUAUAUGGAUUUCAGGAAAUGCUGCUUCUGAAAGGAAUCUCAAAGAAGGUGUUUGUGCUCAGAUUGAGAAGAACUUUGCUAAAGCCAAAUGGAGGAAAGCCAUACGGGUCACCACAUUCAUGCAACGACUGAGAGCUCCAGAGGGCACUGCUGGGCGUCUCCCUGUCACGCCGAGAUCUUCCAUGAGCGUGUCACAUGAGGUCACCGUGGAAGCCUGCCCUUCUUCUCCAAAACAAUCUCCUUCCCAACACAGUAUUCCUAAGGCUGACUGGAAUCCAAACAGGACCCAGCAAACCUCUGAAUGUGAGGACCACUCAUCUGAGAAACCAGAACACAGUGGGCAAUAG